AUGGCUGCGCCAGGAGCUGCCUUGCGGCCGCUCUCGAGGACCGUCUUGACUGCAUCGCCUGCCUUGAAUGCGAGCACCCUUCGUGUCGCGCCUCGCCGAAUCCGCCAGUCCCUUAUCAAUCGCCAACCUUCCUCCCUUUCUUCCGUCUUGAGCUCGCCGCUCGCUCCCCACACCCAGAUCCGACACAGCUCCUAUCACUCGCCCGAACCCUCGCCCAAUACACCCAAUGCGCGCAAGAAGGUCACCAUGCACACACUGCGCAACCUCUACAAGAAGGGAGAGCCUAUCGCCAUGAUCACUGCCCACGACUUCCCAAGUUCCCGUGCCGCAGAUGAGUCGGGUAUGGAUAUGGUUUUGGUUGGCGAUAGCUUGGGCAUGGUGGCAAUGGGACUGGAGAAUACCACAGAAGUGAUCAUGGAGGAAAUGCUGCUCCAUUGUCGAAGCGUGGCUCGUGGCGCGAAGCAUGCCUUUCUCAUUGGAGAUCUUCCCAUGGGUUCAUAUGAAAUCUCUCCCAAACAAGCAGUCGCAUCCUCCCUGCGAUUCAUCAAGGAGGGCCACGUGCACGGAGUUAAAAUCGAAGGAGGCGAGGAACUAGCGCCGACCAUCAAGCGUAUCACUCAAGCUGGUAUCCCAGUCGUUGGACACAUCGGUCUCACGCCACAAAGACAAAAUGCUCUUGGUGGGUUCCGCGUCCAAGGUAAAACUUGCACCAGCGCGAUGCAGAUACUGCGUGACGCGCUGGCUUUGCAAGAGGCCGGCGUGUUCAUGUUUGUCUUUGAAGCGAUGCCUCCGGAGGUCGCCGCUCUCAUCACAUCAAAGCUGAAGGUUCCAACAAUUGGGAUUGGCGCUGGAAAUGGCUGCUCGGGACAGGUACUCGUGCAGGUUGACAUGACGGGCAACUUCCAGCCCGGGCGAUUCAUUCCCAAGUUCGUCAAGAAGUAUGCCGACGUCUGGAGCGAAGCGACCCGCGGCAUGAUUCAGUACCGCGAGGAGGUGAAGAGUCGAGCAUUCCCCUCGCCGGAAUACACCUACCCCAUCUCGAAGGAGGAGCUAGCCAAGUUCGAGAAGACGGUUGACGAGAUGUAUCAAAAAUAA